AACUCGUCUGUUACAUUUUUUAUUAGAAAAUUCAAAUAUUUUCAAAAUUCCAAUUUUGAAUGGAUUUUUUACCCACUUUAUUGGACUUCGUUUUGACAAUGAUCAAUAGAAAUCGAAAUAAACACGAAGAAGUUUGCUCCUCAUGUAACGUAUGUAGUAUGUUUUUAAAAUCAGAAUAAACCUAGUAUUCCCUUGAGUAGGCAACUUCAUCGUCAUAUACGUUUGUGGGUGAUACAGCUUCGAUUUCUAGGCAAAAUACAAGUUAUCAUGGGGAAAUCCUUCGAAAUAGGUAGCCUUGGAAAUCCCAACUGAAUAAAUUUAUUACCGCGUGGCUGUAGUGCAUAGUUAUGGAUAAAAAUCAUAACAAUAUUACUUAUGUACUUCUACUUAUGAUCGUGUUGAAAAUCUGACCUUAUCGCAUCUCACGUGGUCUUGUAAAAUGUUUGAUUUUUGGUUUUUUACCUUUUUUUGUGCAUUGUCUACUCAUCUCAAAAAAAUUGAGCGUUCGUUUGAACUUUUAUAAUAACUUCGGAUUCAGAGAUUCGUACGUUUAUGUGACUCGUGAAUGUAUUUUCGUUCAUCUAUGAUGCUGGUUUUAUUAAUUGAUGACGUAAUUUGUUGUAAUGAUGACAGUGAGCUCUUGUAGCAUGAUGGUUUUAUGAAUUCAAAAUUGCAAGUCAAACAGAAAAUUGAGCGAGACGAGAACGAAUAGGGAAUUGCGUCUACUGGUUCUAUCGAUAAAAUAGUUUUAUCUGUAUCGUAGGUGGAUUUCUUUGUUAGCUAAGUAAUACUGUAAUUGAAAAAAAUAUUUCGUCGUUUGUGUCAGUGCUCGUAGUGAAAAUGCCUGUGUCAGAAAUAUCGGGAAAUUUCGAGCCACUAAUAAAAGUACGAAAUGUGCGAGGAAAAGCGAUCAUCGAUAAUAAGAUAUUUCAACUGCACUAUCGAGUUACAACUUUAAUUUUUUUCAUAUGUUGGGCAUUGGUUACUGCAUGUACAACAUUUGGCCACGCGAUUACUUGUACAGGUAGUUCCAUAUUAGAAAAAGACGAAAUACAAGUGGCGAAUAUUUUUUGCUACUCAGGGGUUAAAAACAGGUAUAACCCAAGUACGCUCAGUGUAUUUGAUGAAGAGCCAGAGGAUUCGUCAAUUUUUGCUUAUAGAUGGGUUCCAAAAAUGCUGUUUCUGCAGGUAAUCUUAUUUUACUUGACUCGAUGGAUUUGGAAAUAUUGCGAAGGCAAGAAACUGGACCAUUUAAUGGAAGAUCUGAAAGGUCCGGUGGUAGAAAGCCAGAGCGCACGUAAAGAAAGGUUCAAGUGUUUGGCGAAAUAUGCUGCAGAUUCCCUUCAUACUCAUAAUACAUUUGCAUGGAUAUACUAUUUAUGCGAAAUUCUCAACUUUAUCAACGUAAUUUUAAACAUAUUUUGGAUCAAUUCAUUUCUCAGCGGAGAAUUCAUAAAUUAUGGUCUUAGAGAAGAUCCAAAUCUCAAGGUUUUUCCGCGACUGGCCAACUGUGAUUACAGAAAAUAUGGCGACAGUGGUGUUGUUCAAAAACACAGUCUCGUAUGUGUCUUAGGUUUCAAUGUACUUAAUGAGAAAAUUUAUUUAUUUUUAUGGUUCUGGUUAAUACUUCUAGCGUGCGUUUCGAUUUUACCCAUCGUUCACAAUAUUGCAGUUUUAAUAUCACCAACAAUCCGUAAACGAGAAUUGGAAAAACAUUAUGUCAUGUUCGAUGAAAAUUCUUCAAUCGAUAGACUCGUUCAGAAAACUCAAAUCGGGGAUGUUUUUCUAUGGGAUUUAUUUGGAAAAAAUAUGAGCUCGAAAUGUUAUCGAGAGUUUAUACACGAAUUGUAUGAAUGUUUAAUCGGUGCCCGUUCUUCUCAAAAUAAGAAUCAUGAGCACACGGAAAGAAGUAAGACCGGAGAAAACGUGUAUGAAUUGGACAGCGUGAAUCUUAUCCGGGAACACCUGUAGAAAAGAAAUCUAUUAUGGCCUACAGGCUACCGCGAGUCAUAGAUCUGUGAUUUUUUACAAACAUGAAUAAAUAAAACUCCACUGA